GAGAGCUCAUACCUUGACAGUCCUGUUCAUCCUCACGUGUGCGCUGGGCUACGUGACCUUGCUUGAGGAAACACCACAAGACACAGCCUACAAUACAAAGAGAGGUAUUGUUGCCAGUAUUUUGGUUUUCUUAUGUUUUGGAGUUACACAAGCUAAAGAUGGACCAUUUUCAAGACCUCAUCCAGCUUACUGGAGGUUUUGGCUGUGUGUCAGCGUUGUGUAUGAGCUCUUCCUCAUCUUUAUACUUUUUCAGACUGUCCAGGAUGGCAGGCAGUUCAUGAAGUACAUUGAUCCACAUUUAGGUGUUCCCCUGCCAGAAAGAGACUAUGGCGGCAACUGCCUUAUUUACGAUCCCGGCAAUGAAACGGAUCCAUUUCACAACAUCUGGGACAAACUGGAUGGCUUUGUUCCUGCUCAUUUUUUUGGCUGGUACCUGAAGACCUUGAUGAUUCGAGACUGGUGGAUGUGUAUGAUCAUCAGUGUAAUGUUUGAGUUCCUGGAGUACAGCCUAGAACACCAGCUUCCAAACUUCAGUGAAUGUUGGUGGGAUCACUGGAUAAUGGAUGUGAUCUUAUGUAACGGAUUAGGAAUUUACUGUGGGAUGAAGACUCUGUCUUGGCUUUCUUUGAAGACGUACAAAUGGCAAGGACUUUGGAACAUUCCGACAUACAAAGGCAAAAUGAAGAGAAUUGUCUUCCAGUUCACCCCGUAUAGCUGGGUCAAAUUCGAGUGGAAGCCAGCAUCCAGCUUACGCAGAUGGCUAGCAGUUUGUGGCAUAAUCUUUGUAUUUUUAUUGGCAGAGCUGAACACAUUUUACUUGAAGUUUGUCCUUUGGAUGCCACCAGAACACUACUUGGUCCUGUUACGACUUGUCUUUUUUGUCAAUGUGGGAGGUGUGGCUAUGAGGGAGAUCUACGACUUCAUGGAUGACCCGAAGUUCCAUAAAAAAUUAGGUCAGCAGGCAUGGCUGGUUGCGGCUAUUACUGCCACGGAGUUUCUGAUUGUCGUGAAGUAUGAUCCCCAUACGCUCACGCUUUCUCUUCCUUUCUACAUCACCCAGUGCUGGAUCCUGGGGAUCAUACUGGUGCUCACCUGGACAGCCUGGCGGUUCUUCAUCCGCGACAUCACUUUGCGGUAUAAGGAGAUCAGGCGGCAGAAGCAGGAGCACAAAUAUGAAAAGGACAAAUGCUUGAGCAACGGGGAUAGACACUCGCCAGUACUGGAUGAACAAAACGGGAACAAACCGAGGGAGAGGAAACUCUGAGCAACAGACAACAGGCUAAAGGAACUCGUGGUGCUCAAGCUGGCCUGGUGUGGACAGUUUCAACCUUAUCCUACCUAACGUGUAAUUGUCGUUGUUAGCUUUCCAGCGUGUGAAAAUCCCCUCGGGGGAAAGAUGUCAUCUUGAUGUACACACCUUUCUCCUCGUGUACACCUACUCGGAGUCGGAGAAAGUCUGUGUAGGGGGAAGUAGAACCAACACCGUCCCAGGGAGAUGGGAUCUUCAUCCAGACGUGUUGUGUGUCUUCCUCAAAAACAAGGGUUGGAGACGAGGGGCUUUAAAGCAAAGCGCAAAGGGAACCUAGCUGAUCUAUUUCCAGUAAACUGUGAGAU